UUGCGGCUUCGCGGAGCCCCAUGUCGUUCCCUCGAACGAUUUCACGAUAUUGACCUUUCACCUCGUGGGAUUUUUAGUGUCGACCGGAGUGCUGUUCCGAUACCAAAAACUGAGUAAACUGCGGGGACUCGUGGAUCUUGUGCGGGCGUGACGUGGCGGGGGAAACGACCGAGUGGCUGUCAGGGGAUCCACGUGCAAACCGUGGUCCAAAAUGGGCUGUGAAAAGUCCGAGAAAGAACUGGAGUCUCCUCCCAGCGAGACAGAAAGCUACACCAUCCAUCUGCCCAGGCCCCUGAACAUCGAGGAGAAGAAGUACUUGCUGGCGGUGGAAAGAGGCGACCUGGUCAACGUGAAGAGAUUCAUUCAGUCGGCUAACAAGGGCGGCGUUAACGGCAAGUCGGUAGACAUAAACUGCAUGGACAGUCUUGGUCGCAGUGCCCUGUCCCUGGCGAUCGAGGCGGAAAAUUUGGAGAUGGUCGAGCUGCUGAUCGUGUUGGGCGUCGAGACGAAGGACUCCCUUCUUCGCGCGAUCGAUCAGGAAUUUGUGGAGGCUGUCGAACUGCUCUUGGAGCACGAGGAACUUCUCACUGCCGAUUCCAUAGCCGAAAACAAUGACGUUCAAGAGAUCACUCACAGUUGGCAGAAAGUCGAUCCGGUAUCCGCUAGGUAUGCACCGGAAAUAACUCCCCUGAUUCUGGCCGCGCAGCGUAAUAAUUACGAGAUCUUGAAGUUAUUGUUGGAUCGCGGGGCGAGCUUACCCAUGCCACACGACAUCAAGUGCGGAUGUAGCGAUUGCCUUCGAUCUACCACGGGUGAUCCUCUUAGACUAUCGGCUACUAGGAUGUCCGAGUACAAGGCCUUGGCCAGUCGAUGCUUGAUAGCACUGAGCUCACCAGAUCCUCUGUUAACUGCCUUCCAAUUAAGCUGGGAACUUCGUGACUUGGCGAUCGCCGAACCAGAGAGCAGGGGAGAGUACUUGAAGCUUCGUAAGCAAGUAGAGAAGUUCGCCGUCGAUCUGCUGCAACAAGUGCGAACCACGACUGAACUGUAUACCAUACUCAACUACGACCCGGACGACGAGAACAAUUUGGUCACGAAGCAUUUGGCCAGAUUGGAGCUGGCCAUACAAUAUAAACAGAAAACUUUCGUCGCUCAUCCCCGGGUACAGCAACUCUUGGCGGCGAUUUGGUACGACGGUUUACCUGGUUUUCGACGCAUGUCCACUUUGCAGAGGUUCGGAGUGGUCGCAAAAACCUCAAUGCUGUUCCCCUUUUAUUGCAUAAUGUAUUUCCUGGCGCCUAGAUCAAAGAAUGGCCAACAGAUGCGAAGGCCGUUCGUCAAGUUCCUUGUUCACGCCUCGUCCUACGUAUUCUUUCUAUUUAUCCUCAUAUUGGUGUCGCAACGUGCAGACGUGGAACUAGUGAAAAUUUUCAGCAGCCAGAAGGCGAAGAGGAACAUUGAAAUUGAUCUGGCUAGGCAACGAGGCGCUGCCCCGUCGUUUUUAGAGGGUAUCGUUGUCUUAUACGUUCUUGGAUUUAUUUGGCAAGAGAUGAGAGAGGCUUACGUGGAUGGAUUGAAGGCGUAUCUGCGAGACAUGUGGAACUUCAUCGAUUUUACCAGGAAUUUUCUCUACGUCGGAACCGCGGUGUUGAGAAUAGCCGCGUACCUUCAGCAAAGGACUGAAAUAAAACAGGACGCGAUGGCGGCCAUGGUGCCCAGGGAAACCUGGAGCGAUUUUGAUCCUCAGUUGAUAGCCGAAGGUCUGUUCGCGGGGGCCAAUGUCUUCAGUGCUUUGAAGUUGAUCCAUUUGUUCAGCAUCAAUCCUCAUCUGGGUCCUCUUCAGAUAUCCCUAGGCAGGAUGGUGAUAGACAUUGUGAAAUUCUUCUUCAUCUACACCCUGGUGCUCUUUGCCUUCGCUUGCGGGUUGAAUCAGUUACUCUGGUACUUCGCUGAAUUGGAACGAAAGAAGUGCUACAUCAACUUCGGAGAUCCCUCCUGGGACGCAGCCAGUGAGUCCUGCUUACGAUGGCGAAGCUUCAGCAGUCUCUUCGAGUCCUGUCAGAGUUUGUUCUGGGCCAGUUUCGGCGGCAUUGGGAUAGACAGCUUCGAACUCGCCGGAAUCAAGUCUUACACUCGAUUUUGGGGCUUGUUGAUGUUCGGCUCGUACUCCGUGAUCAACGUGAUCGUUCUGCUGAAUCUCCUGAUAGCUAUGAUGAGCAACAGCUACGCCAUGAUCGAGGAACGCGCAGACACGGAGUGGAAGUUCGCAAGAACGAAGCUGUGGAUGAGCUACUUCGAGGAAGGCGGCACGCUUCCGCCCCCGUUCAACGUCCUACCGCCGCCUAAACUGCUGUUCAGGCUGUGCGGUCUGCAGAGGAAACGGGUUGCCAGACAGCCGAGCGAUUACAAGCGAACGCACGGCUACAAGUACGGGGCCGUUAUGAGGGCCCUGGUAUGGCGAUACGUCGUGAACUCACACUCCGAGCACGAAAUGGAUCCUGUUACCGAGGACGACAUUCACGAGCUCAAGUCGGACCUGUCCUCGUGGCGGUGCGAGCUGCUGGAGAUCCUCAGGCGGAAUGGCAUGGACAUCAAUGGCGCUGACACCAAAGAAAGAACUGUUCUAGGCAAGAGAAUGAAGGUUUGGGAGAGGAGGCUGAUGAAGGACUUCCAAGUGGCAGCUCCGGUCGCAGGAUCAGAAAUAGAGGAGAUGGCGACUCUUCAACCACCCGCCGAAGGCGAGGACAACGUUGCCAGAUGGAAAAGAAUCGCCAAGCUGGCCGUGAUGCGAUCGCCUAACCAUCGUUGGACCCAAGUCGUGAACAGUGCUAUUAAAAGCUCACAAAUCGGUAAGAGCAACAGCAAGGCCUCUCAGCAGACCUUGAAGAAAGCCAUGGAGGAAGCACAGAAGCUGACUAGCAAAUGCCCUUUGUCACCUGUGUCGCCUAUCGAACUACCCGAGAGCACGGCGGCGACGAUUCUUCACGUUCUUGAAGACAUUGUCGAAACCGACGAAGCCCCUCAGGAAGGAUCAUCUGAUCCUCCCAAACUGACAGUGACGGCCAGUCCCGAUGCACGUGUUAUUAAGCCGAAGCCAGUGAUAUCGAUGGACUAUGUCGACGAGAAAUCUAGUAAAGGUACACCAUCGGUGCCGCCUCGAACGCCAUCGUGCACCAGCAAACGAAAAUCUCCAAACUUAUCAUCGGCGACCUGCCAACAAUCGACUGAAGCAUCAACACUGUCCAUCCAUUCCAUGAACGCCCCCAAAGUUCCAUCUGGUUCAUCGAGACUUGGCCACCAACCUAAUGCAGCCACAGAUUCCAUGUUAUCUGGGCCUGCUACCGAUAAUCGAACGAUCAAAUCGCGAGUAAAGCCAACAGUAAGUCCUAAAAAAAUUACGAGUAUUGGGAUGUCGGGUACACCAGAGGAUAAGGAAAAAUUGGUAUCGGUUAUGCCGAAAUCGCCGCGAUUUCCGACCAGCAGAUCACCUCGAAGGGGAGGUUGGUUGUAAAAUAUCAAAUCGCG